UGCAUGUGUUUAUGUUACUGUUCUAGGUUAGUGGAACAGUUGAGCCAAAGAGACGCCGUUAUGCAUCUUUAGAACCGUUGUUUUCUGACACCGUUUUCUGACACUUUGCCUCACUUUAAUCUAAUAGUGACGACUCAAUUGGAGACCAAAAAGGUCAGAAUAAGGUGUUCGCCAGUCUACCUGUGUUACUGUGUUGCCAUGGAGAAGGCUUGGAGGGUGGAGUUUAGGAACGUGGGUAGUAGCUACUUCCCUCAGAGCCGCGUGGAGUGCCACUACAGUAUCAGCUCACAACAUACCUGGGCCAACCAUGACUGGGUCGGACUCUUCAAGGUGGGAUGGUUGUCAGUGAAGGACUACCACACCUUUGUCUGGGCCCUGGCCCCGGCAGGCUACCAGGAGGGCACAGAUGUCAACUGCUGUGUCCAUUUCCAGGCCUCCUACCUUCCCAAGCCCAGUUCCCAACAGUACCAGUUUGUGUACGUGGAUGGGAAGGGGGAGGUGUGCUCUGCCAGCCCCCAGUUUACCUUCAGUGCCCCCAAGCCUCUGGAAGACCUGGUCACCCUGGAGGAAGGAGCCCACGGAGAGGAGGGAGGGACUGACAUGCUGCUGGUUGUACCCAGGGCUGAGCUACUGCAGAGUCGCCUGCAAGAGUGUCUGCGUGAGCGGGCCGAAUUGAUCCAUGCGCGGGAGGGGGCAGAAAGGAUGAAGCAGAGAGAGAAGGAGAAGUACGGGAAGGCGAGAGAGGCUUGGGACAGAGGAAGUGAGCAGCUGGAGAGGAACAUCUCUGAGCUAAAGGAAGAGCUGCGAGAGAGCAGAGACAGGAUGGAAGAGAUGGAGAGGAGGCAGGAGCAGGUGGAGGCGUCAGGGGAGGCCUUGGCUCAGGAGAAGAGUUCCAUACUGGCCAAGAAAGCAGCCAGCAAACAGCGAAUCAGAGAGCUGGAGGAUGACAUUAAAGCGCUAACACUGAAAGCUGUGGAACGAGAGACUGAGCUGGAGAGGAUGAAGGAGAGGGACAAAAAGCAAGCAGUUCAAAUGAUGGAGGAUGAGAAAGAGAGGAAAGUUCUGCAGCUCAAGCUGGAGCAGACCGAGGGGGAACUGCGGAGCCUGUCUGCUGAGUUCCAGGGUCUGAGGAGCUCCCUGGCCCAGAGAGACACACACGCCCUGCAGCUACGGGAUACCAUCACCACCCUCACACACAGACUCAACAUGGCACAGAGGAAAGAGGCGGAGAGCGAGGCCUCCCUGGCUGAGAUGUGGGGCCUGCGAGAGCGUCAGGGGGCCAGGGAGCGUGGUGCUGAGGGCCUGAAGGAAGAGCUGUGUGCUCUGGUGGCUCAGAGGGACCAGGGCCAGACAGAGCUGCACCAGGCCAGGCUCCAGGCGGCACAGCUCACCCUGCAGCUAGCCGACGCCAGCCUGACUCUGAGGGAGGGCAGAGCACACUGGGCCCAGGAGAGACAGAGCCUGCAGCGCACCACUUCGAAGGACAGAGAGCGUCUGGAGAAGCUGAAUGGAGAGAUGCAGCGGAUUGAAGAGAAGCUUCAGGAGGAGAGGAUGGAGAGAGAGAAGGUGGAAGUGGAGCUGGGAAGAGAGAAGGACUGUAACCGGGUGCAGCUGAGUGAGACACGCAGGGAGCUCCAGGAGCUGAAGGCCAGUCUGAGGGUGGCCCAGAAGGAGAAGGAACAGCUGCUGCUGGAGAAACAGGACCUGAUGGAGUACAUGCGUCAAGUGGAACAGAGGAUGGAGGCUGUGGCAGACGCCAAGUGGAGCGCUGCAGUGUUCGCCCCCACCAGUCUCCCUGACAGUUCUCUGUCUGACUCUGAGGAUGAAAACCCUGAGGCCUUGCAGCCCCCCCGCCAGCCCUCUCUGUCCUCCCGCCCUCUGGCCCACUACAGCCUGUGUGACCCCCAGACCCAGCCUGACUCCCUGCUCCCCUCCACCCCCCCUUCCUCCCCCAGGGAUAUGUCACCGCCCCUCUCCCGAGGGGGCGUAGUCAUCAGCCAGCCCGCCCCCCUUUCGUUGCCAAGGCAAUCAGGAGAUACCCUGACACACAGCUCUGAGUCGGAGGAGGAGGGUGACACAGCCCUAUGUGGAGGACACAGCUCUGGAGACGAGACAGCUCUGCUGCUGCCUGAGACCACUGUCCUCAGUGACCUGGCUGACACCUCUCAGUGGUAGAGUGGCGAAGCAGGAUCAGAUCUACACCAGCACUGGCUGUUUGGCCAGUACUUUAACUUGCCUAUUCAGCAUACAAGCACACACACUACAACUCAACUCUACUCUUGACAAACUAUGUUAAUAUGCAAUUUGCUUUUACAUUUUAUAUGAACUUUUUCUUUGACGUAUGACUUUAAGCUGUUGUGUUGCCCCCAUUAUACUUAACAUUGUCUUAAGAAUGACAUAAUACCUGUCGUAAUAGCUCAAAUCGUAGUUACGACCUGACGUAAGACUGUUAUAAAGCGUAAAACAUUUGACAUUUUAAAGUGUUAAUUCGAUUUUUAAUAGUAAUGUUUUAUAACAGGGUUAUUUCAGUUGCAGGAGGAGUUGAUGUCGUGAGCUUUGUGAAAUGUGUUAUGUCACUUUAUGAGACAUCAUGACAGGUCACUAAUUAACAUAAGUCAGUUAUUAAAGGCUCCCUCUGAUUUCAGUCGAGCCAGAAAGAAAUACUGUAUAAUUGUUUCAAUGUUUCGUCUCCUAGAAAAGAACGAUGAAAAACAUUGCAUUUAUUUGUUACAGUAUAUUCAUAGUAGCCUGGUUGAGUCAGUCUGGUUGAUGAUGCUAUAUUCACAGUUCUCUCCAUUUAAAAUCUAAAAGUUGCUUUGAACUUUUCUGUCUGCGCAGCAAAUUCUGUAAUAAUAGUUAUUGAAACACACUACAACUAUAUUAGAAGAAUCCUUGUAAAGUACUGACACAUAACAUGAUUUUCCUCAUAUUCAAACCUAAGAUGUUAUAUUAUAAGCUUUCUGUUCUUCAUUAUUAGUUAACUUUUGCUUUAUUAAUGCUGUUCUAGUGCUAGUUGAGAGGAUAGUUACAGACAGAGAAGCAUCUGAAAUGGGAAAAACAGUUGAGAGGAUAGUUACAGACAGAGAAGCAUCUGAAAUGGGAAAAACAGUUGAGAGGAUAGUUACAGACAGAGAAGCAUCUGAAAUGGGAAAAACAGUUGAGAGGAUAGUUACAGACAGAGAAGCAUCUGAAAUGGGAAAAACAGUUGAGAGGAUAGUUACAGACAGAGAAGCAUCUGAAAUGGGAAAAACAGUUGAGAGGAUAGUUACAGACAGAGAAGCAUCUGAAAUGGGAAAAACAGUUGAGAGGAUAGUUACAGACAGAGAAGCAUCUGAAAUGGGAAAAACAGUUGAGAGGAUAGUUACAGACAGAGAAGCAUCUGAAAUGGGAAAAACAGUUGGUGGAAGUUUGGAAAUAGAGAGAUUAAUCAAGAUGAAUGUUGAAUGGUAGAGCAGAAUGGUAGUUGUUAGAGUGGUCGGAGUGACAUUUUAAUGUUCUCUCAUGUUUUUAUUAAACUCAUAAUAUAUUCUAUCCUCAUCUACAUAAAGCUAUUGCUCCUGCAGGCUGAUGGCUGUAGAGUCCCUGCAAUAAGAGCAUACAUCAUACCACAUUUGAACCUUAAAUCAGUGUUUGGUUUUAAAGCUAAAUCAAUGUAUUCGUUCUAGAUGACCAGUUUUAUUAGACUAGACGUACAGUACAUGGUUUGCACAAAGCUCUGCUCUAGAGUGAUGCAGAUCUACAUUUGUGCCUAAAAAACUAAUUGGGAAAUGAAUAGUCUCUUCUUCAGCCAAGCGUCAUCAGUCUGGCAAACAAGACUAGUAAACUAAGGAAUCUCAUGAUAACAUAAUGUAAUUUAUAGAUGCAAAUGUUACAAGACUUUAUGGAAGGUUUGCCUGGAAAAGAUUAUUAGUACUGGUUUAAUAAUACUAUAUUUUUCAUGAUUUUCAACCAAUACUCAACUUUAGUUGUAUCGUAAUGAAGCUAUAUUCUGGUUUAGUUUAAGCUAAUGACGUUUGAUAAGAAGAGAAUACUAAAGCUAGGUCAUUUAAAGGGGCAAUCUGCGAUUGUUGUUGUUUGAACUGCAGAUUGCCCCCUUUAAGAAAGAAGAAGGUGCUAGGAACACUUUUUGCUUGGUAGAUUUGUAAUUUGCUGUAUUUGCACCUGUUUUUUUGCAAUAAGAGAUGUUUUGGGGGCUACAUUUUAAUGUAAUUUUUACACUUGGAUACUCCUUAUUAAUCCAGUCUAUGUUAUUAUCAUAAUCAUUACCAUAGUGUUUUGUUUAUUACUCUUUUAUUUUUCUUUCUCUGAUUUUCUUUCUAAAGGUAAAUGUAACCUCUCACAACUAUCUGAUAAGGUUUGAAAUGUUCGUCCAAAGGUUAGAGAUAUUGGUUCUACUGUAUAGGACAUCACUGUGUUCCUUCACACAGAGGUGUAGCUGUAGUGAAAGUGUGACAUCUGUAACAUAUGCAGUGCCUUCAGAAAGUAUUCAUACCCCUUGACUUAUUCCACAUUUUGUUGUGUUACAGCCUGAAUUCAAAAUGGAUUAAAUAUAUGUUUUCUCUCAACCAUCUACACACAAUAUGCCACAAUGAAAAAGUGAAAACAUGGUUUAAUUUGCACAUUUAUUCAAAAUGUAAUACAGAAAUGCACUGUAAUUCAACUGUGAUGGACAUCCUUGAUCAUUGAAGGCUGAGCUUCAGAGGGUUUUGGAGUACCCCUCUUCGUCUCUACACCCUUUCAGCUCUACCUCUAGUGUAAUCUAGUACUAACACCUCUAUUUGCUACCGUGGGUGAAUUUGACAUGCUGGUAUGUGCACCUAAAGUUGCGUAGCACUGAGAUCUAUCCUUUUUGUUGACGUCAUUUUAGAUUUCUGUGGGAGUUCUAUUCUAUGUGUACUGUGAGCUACAUGAGGGUAUGCUGAAACUUUCUUCCAGGAUACCUACUCUCAUUGCAAUACGGCUCCAGUGGUUUGCUGGUGUGUAUGAUGUUUUGUUUGUUGAGGUCAUCUUACCUAUUUAAAAAAAAUUAUAUUCUUUGGUAUUUAUAUAUAGGGUCAUUAAGCGUGUGGAUUGGUUUCUGUAAUAAUAAAAUUAAAAAAACGGAUCUGUA